CUCAUAACUGCGGCUGCUGGGCUUCUAGCUCGUUAUAAAUGCACCAAAGAGCCAGAAGACCUGGAAAAAUUCAUGUCGCUGUCUAAGGGUGCUCUGGAGCUCUGCCCUCCUUCAACGCCUCUUUUCCUGACGGCCUACAAUGCCCUCUUUCCUGCGCUCAUUGAGAUGUUUGAGAGAAAGAGCGAAGGUCUAGAGGAAUGCGUUCACUUCUGCAGCCUAGCGCUUGAUCUCUGUCCACCAGGUCAUCGCGACCGCCCUCACUCACUCAUUAGCCUCGCCGUCGCAAAACUCGCUCACUUCAAGUUCACCAGCAGACAAGAAGACAUGGACGACAGCAUCACCUCUCUCCGCGAAGCCAUCGAAUUGCUA